CCCACCACAGCUACAGGCUUUUUAGUCCCUGGGUCGGCCUGUCCCGCGGGGAACAGUCCCCGUCCGCCCGUCCGCGCUCUGCCCGCCCGCCGGGCAUCUGCCCUUCUCUCCUGACUCCGCCCCGCAUCUGUCCGGAACCGCUUCGCGUCUGAGCUGACCCAGUGCGCGUCCGCCAGUCAGUCCCUCCGGACCCGCCGCGAGUCUCGGGCUGCCGAAAUCACCGCGCGUCACUCGCCUCAACAGUGAUUCUGAGUCUGCUUUUAGCUUUCUUCGCCUUGGCUUUUUUCUGUUUGUGAACAGCUGUUUGGCCCAUAGCUUAGAGAAAGCAGCCUUUUUUUCCUCUCCCAAGAGAGCCUUCUCCCUGUGCUCAGAGAGAUGGGGAGUGGGGAGCCUAAUCCUGCUGGCAAGAAAAAGAAGUACCUCAAGGCUGCCCUGUAUGUGGGUGACUUGGAUCCAGAUGUUACCGAGGACAUGUUAUAUAAAAAGUUCAGGCCUGCUGGACCUCUGCGCUUCACCCGAAUCUGCCGUGACCCAGUGACCCGCAGCCCCCUGGGCUAUGGCUACGUUAACUUCCGCUUUCCUGCGGAUGCUGAGUGGGCACUGAACACGAUGAAUUUUGAUUUGAUUAAUGGCAAACCAUUCCGUCUAAUGUGGUCUCAGCCAGAUGACCGCUUAAGAAAGUCUGGAAUUGGAAAUAUAUUCAUCAAAAACCUGGACAAAUCCAUUGACAACAGGGCCCUUUUUUAUCUGUUUUCAGCUUUUGGGAGCAUUCUCUCCUGCAAAGUCGUAUGCGAUGACAAUGGCUCCAAGGGCUAUGCCUAUGUGCACUUUGACAGCCUGGCCGCCGCCAAUAGGGCCAUCUGGCACAUGAACGGAGUGCGGCUCCACAACCGCCAGGUGUACGUCGGCCGAUUCAAAUUUCCGGAAGAGAGGGCUGCCGAAGUUAGAACUAGGGACAGAGCGACUUUCACUAAUGUUUUCGUUAAAAACUUUGGAGAUGACAUGGAUGACGACAAACUGAAGGAACUUUUCAGUGAGUAUGGGCCAACUGAGAGUGUUAAGGUAAUAAGAGAUGCCAGUGGGAAAUCAAAAGGCUUUGGAUUUGUGAGAUAUGAGACACAUGAGGCUGCCCAAAAGGCUGUGUUAGAUCUGCAUGGAAAGUCUAUCGAUGGGAAAGUGCUCUAUGUAGGGCGAGCACAGAAGAAAAUUGAACGUCUUGCUGAGUUAAGGAGAAGAUUUGAGCGGCUGAGAUUAAAAGAAAAAACUCGGCCUCCGGGGGUGCCUAUCUAUAUUAAGAACCUGGACGAGACCAUUGAUGAUGAAAAACUGAAGGAGGAAUUUUCUUCCUUUGGAUCAAUUAGUCGGGCCAAAGUGAUGGUGGAGGUGGAGCAAGGCAAAGGGUUUGGUGUUGUCUGCUUCUCCUCUUUUGAAGAGGCUACCAAAGCAGUAGAUGAGAUGAAUGGUCGCAUAGUGGGCUCCAAGCCCCUGCAAGUCACUCUGGGCCAGGCCAGGCGCAGGUGGUGAGGAUAAGAAUGCUCAAUUUGUUUCAGCCUUAAGCUGGUGCCUACUUAGUUUGGGCUACUUUGUGAUAAGAGGUUAUUUUAUGUCAAUUAACAGGUUUUUUUAAGUGACUACUUUCUUUUGG